AUGGCUGCAUCAACAUCUUCUCCUAACGUGACUGACGCACUACUCGAACCAGAACAUGCUCUAUCGCAAGAUUCCUUCACGAAGGAGCGACGCAAAAAGCCGUAUCGUGCCGCAAGACUCACCAAGCAUUCAGGAGCGCUGUUCGAGGAAGGCUUGGCGCCAGCAUCGACGUCGUCUGGCGAGUACGACAGAGACGUCUCACAGGCGGCGGCAUCGCCCCUGAGCAGAAGGCUUCGACGCGCGCUUUCUAGGGGGAUUGAUCCAGCCGCGAGAGUUCGCUCCUUCAAGCGCAGCCCCGCGACUCCAAAGCCAGGGUCCGCCGAUACCUCGCAUAUCUCGCCGCCUUCCGGGUUCUCUGCCGGGGGCUCCAACGUCGUUUCCGACGACGAUGUGUCCUCACAGGGAGAGGAAGAACGCGACUGGGAAACGAUUGUGGGGCAGGAUGGCAUCAAACCGGCGAUGGGGCUGACGUCUUUCCACUCGCAGAAACACGGCUUCCGACUUUGGGUCCAGCCCGACAGUGUGCCGGUGCGGUUCUUGCAAGACCAGCAGGCCUCAGGCCCGGUCAGAGUGGGCGACUUGUCCCAGACCGUGAGUUUGGAGGGUGGAGAACUGCAGGGGGUCUUGGAGGUAGAAUGCCUCCCAUGCGAGCGCCGGUUUGACGCGCCCUUGAUGUUGGACUUCCUCGUCGACGGGGAUAGCCACGGUGACCGCAUUAUUGACUCCCACGGCAGGAUUCAAUACGAGAUCCUUAUCAAGGACUCUCACUCCGAGAGAUGGAUCAGGGACCCCGAGCCUUCGAUUCCGCUGGAGAUCGUCCAGGAUAACCAAGGCAAGGUUUACGUCAGAGCCCAUGUCCUGCACUUCAGCUGUUGGGGGCUCUUCAAGACGAAACCGCUCGUAUUUGGUCCUGAGCAAUACCACACACAGACAAUCCCCUGGGCGCAAAGAAGGCGGAAUCAGAGCGUCAUCAAGAACAAUACCCCCGGGAGCGUGGACAUCCACAUCUACGCCAUGCGGAUGUCCCAGUGGAGCGCCGCCCUGGAGUCUGUUAAGGCGGGGGUAGGGAUAGAGGGCUUCCAAGGGAACUUCGAAUUCACCGGGGACGUUCAUGAGAACGUCAACCCUGCGGCCCUGGUCCCCCAGAUGGUGACUAUACCUUCCGGCCAUAGCCACUGGAUUGAGGUUCCGCGAGUGGGAGCUGGCUUCCGAUCGAGCCGAAAGGCGGUGGUCAUCAUCGUCACGGAGUCCAACGACGAGAGCGGCGGCACGAGAGUUCGAAUGGAGGCCGUGGAGCACCUCCGCAGCAAGACCAUGCUAACGGUAACCUUACGUGUGUGCGAAGAAGGCAAGGUUAUCGGGAGCCCCGCCGCCGCGGAAUCGGGCGGCAUUCUGUCGCAGGUAAUGCGAGUCAUCCAGAAUCAGGUAAAUGCCACGCCACACAACCCGCCUUCCACGGCGGCCAGAACCAACACGGCGACGGGCGCAGGUGCGGGGAGUCUGUUUGUUGCUUCCCCCGCGAUUGCGGGAGUUUAAGGCGUCGGCAGCUCUUCGACUGAUGCGGGUCCUACAAUCAGUGCUGCCGUUGUGACUGUGGUGGCAGUGUCCGAAGCCCAUCAAAAGCCAGUCUCCACCAUUGCGCUGCUGCAUGAACUCAACCGAGUGCUUCCCACGCCCGCAAGUCGCUCCCGACGCUGCAGCUUCCAGUGCUGCAAAGGGUCGUGAAACGUACGUACGUUGCUGCUUGGAACGCUUGCGGAGCAACUUAGGUAGCGAUUAGGUGCGGGUAGCCAAGCAAUACGGGGCUCUGUACCCACCGCGCCUGCACGAGUAUCACCAAACCCCUUGUUGCGCAUCAGGAACCCUGCUGUGGCCGCGGCGCACGCCAAGUGGGGUGCUGAUCGGUUUGGAAUGGAUUGAUUUUACGGAGCGUCAUUCUUCGAUAAAACAGAACGAAGAGUGGUUGUAUAUGUGCAGUCAUCAAAGGGAUAGAGCCAAGCGUUUUUUUUUACCCAGUCCACCAGACCAAGUGUUGUUUGUGUACUACUCGCACCCAAGACCUGGGACAUGCAGCAGGUCGAAAGUAGUUUUAAUUUUCUGUUCUUCGUUCGGAACAAUGAUCGUGUUAGUCGAUGUGAUUCGGUGUCCUACUCGUGUUUCCCUCAGGGCUAGUGGGGGCCAAGCUACCAAGAGAGUUAGGCUCAACAGAUAGUGGUUGAUUGCUGUCCCCCCGUAGAAUAGUUUAGACUAGGCACCUUUACUACUACUAGUGGUUUGCAUCUGGCAUAAGACGUGUCAUGUGGCGACAAGGGAGUUGAGUGUUUCGGCAUGACCGCCGGCGGCCUCCCGGAUAGAUAUAUUUGCAUCUACGAACGACGAUGAGGUUGAAUGAUUGUCAAGAACAGUGGGCGCGAUUGUGGGUGGCAUGUUCCCAACAUGUGGGCAAUGAACGCAGCCCUACAUAUUUAACAACAUCUUUGGCGUCGGAAAAAUGUCUUCGAUUGCAGCAUAUGGCCGCGCGCGCGUGUGUGCGUGUUUCACAGGUCACCCUGAUGGUGGCGAAUCUGAUAGUAGCAGAGGUUGUGGUUCGAUUCUCUCUCAGGAGGGUUUCUCUGCCUACCAUUACAUACAGUGCAAAACAAUCCUUUUCGUUUGGAGUACUCACACUUGGCCAUCAUGGUCGACGAGAGAUUCUCGCAGUAAAAACUACCCCAAGUACCGCAGUAGGAGGUAAGAUGCGGCGAACAGAAAAAAGAAAAAAAGUCCCUUUAUGUGACCUCUACUGUGCCCCAGAAUAAACGAGACACAAUAAGAAUGUAAUCUACUUGUAGACUAGACGCGUAGAUACCUCGGAUCGCUCUGAUCGGCACCCAGUAUAAGGUGGCGGGGAGUUGCAGUCAGCGGGAUAAAAACCUCAGCUGGAUAAAACUACCUGUGCAAGAGGUUGGGCGACAAAAGUGUCCCGCAUUCGAUGCAUCACCAGAAGAAGAAGAAGACCCAACACCACCACGCAUUCCUGCUGCUUCAUCUGCUGCUCCUCCUGUGUGCAAACUCUAUUCGUGGGCUCCUCCUUUUGGCCUGCCGCACCACAGGUACACCUGUUUACUAUCUUAUGCGGUAUUGUGAUUGGCCAAGGCUGACGGCUCCCACAGUCUCCCCAACCGACGUACGAACGAGGUUGGUCUCACCGUCUCACGUCACCACCGGCAACCGGCAAUAUUCUGUUCCGCCGCAGCUUUCUGCGGGCGGCUAAUUUCGGAAAGUAAAGGGUAGGGGGGCACGAAACCUGUUACAGACUGCUGUUGUUGUGUGGCCAGUUUUCUGUCAUCUAUCGGCAACAAACUAGUCUACCUCCGUUGGACCGCCUGGGCGGGGUGCGGGGUGGCGCAGUGGUCUGCAGUGAUCCGUCCUGCCUAAGAGCGCGGAGGGUCUUCCUCCUAUCGCAAAAGGUGUGUGUGUUGGUGUGUAUCGGGUGCGGACGCAGGGAGCCGGAGGAGAAAAUGUGCCUCUUUUUUAUUGUGUGUUUUCGUCUCUCUCUGUCUGUCUGUCUGUCUGUCUGUCUCUCUCUCUCUCUCUCUCUCUCUCUCUCUCUCUCUCUCUCUCUCUCUGCUGCACCAUCCACUCUGCUCUCUCCCCAACACACGAAACCGUCAGGUCGGGCGCCUACCUAUCCACCCAUCGAUGUGUUGUACGACAAAGCGCCGUGCGUUUUUUGUUCCUUUAACACAUGGUUGUUGAUGGUGCAGCAACGCAUCUAUGCACAAAGCCACAACUCGGCAUAUCCGUUGUUCUUAGAAAAUGUGGUCUGAAUCGCUAUGCAGACGAAGUCGGUUUUAUUAUAGGUGGUGUCUCUGGUCUGCUUUCUGUAGGCCAGACUACAUGUAAGCUGGGCGCAAACCGGGGGCGAGAGAGUG